UGUGUGAGUCUUGGCGUAUACCUACAGAGUAAGAGCCCCAUCAUCUCUUUCUUUUCUUUUGAGGUCAUGAAACGCGUACGCACAGAACAGAUUCAGAUGGCAGUGUCCUGCUACCUCAAGCGCCGUCAGUAUGUGGACUCAGAAGGUCCCCUAAAACAAGGGCUGAGGCUGUGUCAGACUGCUGAAGAGAUGGCAGCUAAUCUCACAGUCCAAUCUGAAUCUGGUUGUGCCAACGUUGUGUCUGCAGCUCCCUGCCUGGCAGAGCCACAGCAAUAUGAAGUACAAUUUGGACGAUUACGCAACUUUCUCACAGAUUCAGAUUCUCAGCACAGCCACGAAGUGAUGCCUCUUCUGUAUCCCCUCUUCGUCUACCUCCAUCUGAACAUGGUCCAGAAUGGCCUGAAAAGCACAGUGGACAGUUUUUACAGCCGCUUCCAUGGCAUGUUCUUGCAGAAUGCCAGCCAGAAGGAUAUCAUUGAGCAGUUGCAGACUACCAUGACUAUUCAAGAUAUCCUGUCCAACCUGAAGCUCCGGGCUUUUCUGGACAACAAGUACGUCAUCCGCCUUCAAGAGGACAGCUACAACUACCUUCUUCGCUACCUCCAAAGUGACAACAACAACGCCCUGUGCAAAGUCCUGACCUUGCACAUCCACCUGGAUGUGCAGCCCGCCAAGAGGACCGACUACCAGCUCUACGCCGGCGGGAGCUCCUCGCGCAACGAGACCAACGGCCUGGAACCCAGCGAGGUGCCGGCUUCCAUUCUGCAGAACGAGGCGGCGCUGGAUUUACUGCAGGACAGCAUUAAACGUGUCAAGGACGGGCCCCCUUCCUUAACGACCAUCUGUUUCUACGCCUUCUAUAACACGGAGCAGUUGCUGAACACCGCAGAGAUUUCGCCAAAUAGCAAGCUGCUCGCUGCUGGGUUCGACAAUUCGUGCGUGAAGCUGUGGAGCCUGCGUUCCAGGAAGUUAAAAUCUGAGCCCCACCUCGUUGAUGUGUCCCGCAUCCGCCUGGCUUGUGACAUCCUGGAUGAGGAGGAGGAAGAGGACGACAGCGCAGGCACAGAAAUGAAGAUCCUGAGAGGACACUGUGGGCCUGUGUACAGCACGAGGUUCCUGUCAGACAGUUCGGGACUCUUAUCUUGUUCUGAGGACAUGUCCAUCAGGUACUGGGACCUCGGAAGCUUUACAAACACUGUGUUGUACCAAGGACAUGCCUAUCCUGUCUGGGAUCUGGAUAUCAGCCCCUGCAGCCUGUACUUUGCCAGCGGUUCCCACGAUCGCACUGCGAGGCUCUGGUCGUUUGAUCGGACGUACCCGCUGCGAAUAUACGCAGGCCAUUUGGCGGACGUUGACUGUGUCAAGUUCCACCCCAAUUCCAACUACUUGGCGACGGGCUCCACGGACAAAACCGUGCGCUUGUGGAGCACCCAGCAAGGCAACUCGGUGCGUCUCUUCACCGGGCACCGCGGCCCCGUGCUAGCGCUUGCGUUUUCUCCCAACGGUAAGUACCUGGCGUCGGCAGGUGAAGACCAGCGGCUAAAGCUGUGGGACUUGGCGUCAGGAACUCUUUACAAAGAACUGAGGGGGCACACGGACAACAUAACCAGCCUUACUUUUAGCCCCGACAGUAGUUUGAUUGCUUCGGCGUCGAUGGACAAUUCGGUCCGGGUCUGGGACAUUCGGAACACUUACUGCAACGCCCCUGCAGAUGGGUCUUCCAGUGAACUGGUUGGUGUAUAUACCGGACAAAUGAAUAAUGUACUGAGCGUACAGUUUAUGGCCUGUAAUCUUCUUCUAGUGACUGGAAUUGCACAAGAAAGUCAGGAACAUUAA